AUGGCUACUCCUACCCCGUCCAAGUCCAAGUUGCGACUUAAGACUUCGCUGGACAUGGAGUUCUACCACAUGCCGAGCCGGGAGGGGCAGGGGAACCCUCCAGUUAUCUUCUUGCAUGGCUCCUUCCAUGGCGGCUGGUGCUGGUCCGACUGGAUGGAUCUGUUUGCCCGACGAGGGUUCGCGUCGUACGCGCCAUCGCUGCGAGGAACGUCAGGCAGUCCGCAGAGGGAGGGGGUGAAGUCCGUGCAGCUCUCAGAACACACCGAGGACAUCCUGUCCUUCAUCGACGCUGUUCUGCCCCCUGACAGCCCUCCCCCCGUGCUCGUCGGGCACAGCUUCGGCGGCAUGUACGCUCAGGUUGGUGUCUACAAGAGAGGAAGAAACAGAAAAAGGAGCAGGGUCAAGGUGAGGAGGACGAGCAAGAGCACGAGCACGAGCACGAGCACGAGCACGAGCACGAGCACGAGCAAGAGCAAGAGCACGAGCAAGAGCACGAGGACUCACCUGCAGAAAGGAGGCAAGAGAGAAGGAUACAUCUUCUCUAAGCCGAGAUUGGCCUGGGACAUUGUGCAGGCCUUUGUGCUGAAAAAGGCAGGAACAGACCUCGACAUCUGUCGGAAGAUCUUCUUCUCUCAAGACAAUCCGCCUGAUGAGCAGGUCCGAGAAUACAUGCAGCUGUUUGCAAGAGAUAGCGUCGUCGGGCUCGACGUCGGCAAGGUCGUGGACGCGCCGGCCGUGGAGGAGACGGCAGAGUUCUACGGGUGCGAAGCGAAGUUCCUGCCCGGGGCCCAUGAGAUCAUGUUGGAAGACACGUGGAAGGAGAACGCAGAGUUUGUGGUGGACUGGAUCGAGAAGGUGGGUGCGGGAAAGUGA